AUGAAUCAACCACAUAGAACCCUUGAGGCGAUGCUAGAUGAUGAUUCACCAUAUGCUAGAUAUGACCCAGCAAAAAACAGCUUGGUAAAAAUUUCAUCAAAGUCGUUUCUAUUAGGCGUUGUGUUUACUGGUGCAUUGAUUGGCGAAUUGACACACCCGAGGUUGAUACCACUAUGUUUAUACCUACAGUUCCUUUGCAUAUUCCAUAGCCUUGAGUUUGGAAUGACAUACUUGUAUAACAAUAGCCAGACCGAUGACGAUUCGUUUAUUUUGGAGGAUAGAGAGUUUCACUUGAUUACGGUGAUUUCAAUUGUAGAGUACCUUGUUUCCCCAUUCCAUCUCCACGUUGUACCUAUUGGAUUGUUACUAGCUCUACUGGGUCAGUUGGUGAGGACCCUCAGUAUGGGCACAGCACAGGAAUCAUUCAAUCAUUAUAUUCAAAAGUCGGGAAAGGAAACCCACACGCUUGUCACGCAAGGGGUGUACAAGUACAUUCGUCACCCAAGUUAUUUUGGCUUUUUCAUUUGGUUUGUGGGGCUCGAGCUACUAUUAGGAAAUAUCUUGAUUCUUGUUGUAGGAGGUAUCAUCCUAUGGAGAUUCUUUCGUGAUAGAAUUCGUUACGAAGAAGAAUACCUCAUCAAGAUGUUUGGUGCCGAUUACCAGUCCUAUAGAGCAAACACUAAAACCUGGUUGUAUAUAUAA